AUGAGUAAUAUUUAUAUGCAAGAACCAGCCACUAAUUGUAAGGGUACAGUUACAAUGAAAUCAACUGUUGGUGAUAUUGAGUUAGAAUUAUGGGCAAAAGAAAUUCCCAUGGCAUGUAAAAAUUGUAUACGAUUAUCUAUGGAAGGUUAUUACCAUGACACUAUAUUUCAUAGAAUUAUCCAAGGAUUCAUAGCAUAUGGUGGUGAUCUCAAAGGUACAGGAGGAGGUAGUAAAAGCAUAUGGAUAUUUGUGUUUUAGGACGAAUUUCAUACAAGAUUACUUUUUUGUCGACGAGGUUCAAUUGCUGUGGCAGAUGAUAAUGAUUCCCAAUUCUACUUUACUCUUGGUUCUACAUCAGAAUUGCAGAAUAAACAUACAAUGUUUGGUAAGGUUACUGGAGAAACUAUAUAUAACAUGCUU